CUAAUUCGUCUUCUCUUUUUCUUCCCUUGUCCGCAGCAGGCCAACUGAGUGAAGAUUUUCAGAGAUUGAUCACUUCUUUUCGCUGGGUUUGAAACCCUUUGCCUGAAGAACUUGGAAGGAAACAGCGUGCUCCGUUUUUUAUCCAAGAAAAUAUAUAUAUAUAUUUGGAGGCAUCUCAUUUAGCUUGUGGACUUCCUUGGGACCCAGUGAUGGUGAUGCUUCUGGGGCUACUCUUUCUGUUUGUGGACAUUUUGGAAUCCACAGCUACGGAGGAAUCCUUAAGAAGUGAAGUUCUUGAACUCAUGGCGGCAUCUCGGCUAAUCGAUGGACACAAUGAUCUGCCCUUGAAAUUAAGAUGGUUUCACCACAACAAGCUCAGCACAAUUGACUUGAAGACACUCGGCGGUACCAACACCAACAUUGAGAAACUCCAGGCUGGCCAUGUUGGGGUGCAGUUUUGGUCAGUCUAUGUUCUCUGUGGCGCACAGAACAAAGACGCUGUGCGUUUGACACUAGAACAAAUCGAUGUAGUCAAACGGAUGUGUGACGACUAUGAAGAACUGGAACUGCUGACAUCUUCGGAGGGCAUUGAGAGCCUUCGCCCCGAGAAGAUAGGAUGCUUGAUCGGCAUUGAAGGCGGUCAUUCCAUGGACAGCAGUCUGGCCACCUUGAGGAUGUUCUAUGAUCUGGGCGCCCGGUACAUGACUUUGACGCAUGUGUGCAACACUCCCUGGGCAGAAACUUCAACAAAAGGCAGAAAUAAUUUCUAUCCUGAUGUUAAAGGCUUGACUCCUUUCGGCAUCGAAGUGGUGAAGGAGAUGAAUCGCCUGGGGAUGAUGGUAGACCUAUCGCACACCUCUCAAGAGACAGCAAAAACUGUUCUUAGGGUCUCCAGAGCACCUGUCAUUUUCAGCCAUUCUUCUGCUAACUCUGUCUGCCACCAUGCCAGGAAUGUUCCAGAUGACAUUCUCCUACAGCUUAAAGAGAACCGUGGAAUUAUAAUGGUGACGUUCCCUAUGAAGUUUUUGGCUUGUGGAAGUAAGACAGUUAACAUUGCAACUGUUGCAGGUUUGCAAACAUUGUGCUGUUUCUAUAUACAGAGGCUGUGA